AUAUUCCUUCAAAAAAGGAUUAGAAUCCGUUUAAAAUAAAGUAGAUGGAGAAGCCCAGGCAAAAAAAAAAAACAAACGGUUUAUCAAAUUCAGAGUGUCCCUUUUACAGUUGUCUCGAAACUCCAACAAUCUUCGGCAAAAUUGAAUAUCAAGAAAAGAGAUUUGACGAGAGGGAGGAGGAAGUAGCGUAACUGUUGAACGAAGUAUCAGGGUUGUCUCUCUCUCCCUAAUCGAACUCGGGGUCCUCUUGUUUCGAGCAUUGGUUUCUAGGGUUCGAUCAUCUGUUCGGUCACCAGUGAAACUGGAAAUUUCGAUUUCUCCAGUGUGAAAAAGGUAUAAAAACAAAACUGCUUGCUUUUGAAGAUAAUGGAAGAAGAGGCAGCGAGAGAUGAAAGCUUAGAAUUUAAGUGGGGUAAAAAGAGAAGAGUCGGUGGUAAAAACAAAGAUGUCCAGUUCUACGAAUCUUUCACCUUUGACGGUGAUGAAUACUCUCUCUACGACUCUGUCUUAGUUGGCGAUCCCAAUGAACCAGACUCUCGUGAACUCUUUGUCGCCAAGAUCAUCAAAAUCUGGGAACACGCUAACAAGCGUGCUAAGUACCCGAGGCAAGUCAAGCUUCUCUGGUUCUUUAGGCCUUCCGAGAUCUCUCCGCAUUUGCUUGAAGGAGUCCCGGAUGUGCUUGCGAAGGAGCUGUUUUUGGCUUCUGGUGAAGGUCCUGGUCUCGCUAAUGUCAACCCAUUGGAAGCAAUCUGUGGAAAAUGCUCUGUUGUAUGCAUCUCGAAGGACGAAAGGAAUCCGCAACCCACAGAUGAAGAAGUCAAGUCAGCAGACUUUGUGUUUCGCCGAGCAUUUGAUGUUGGAAGUUCUGAAGUGUUGGAUACAAUAAUAGAUGAUAAAAUUGCUGGAGUUGACGUUGCAUUUCUCUUCAACAGAGCUGGUAGUAAGCAAGAAGCAACAACUGCUGUAGAGAAAGUUCAAGCAGACAUAAACGGAAAUCCUGAUAGUUUGAUACCAAAUUGUCUUCCAAGUUGUGGUUCUGUUCGGGAAACUGAAGACAACUCUGUUGAAUCUUCUGACUGUAGAGAAAGCAGUUAUGGUCGCGAAGAAGGGAAAGAAAAAAGUCACAGUCAACUUGCAGAAGAAAGGUCUGAUAAGGAUUCUAGUGUGCCGGAAAGCACGGUCCACAGUAAAGAACAUGAUGCUUGUGAAGCUUCUGGCUCUAGGGGAAAUCAUUGUGAUGGCAACAAGGCACAAGAAAGUGAAGUUAAGAAACAGUUUACCAGACAAAAGUCUCUGUCUGCAGAAGCAAGAGAUAGUAACACUUGUGAAGCUUCUGGCUCCAGGGUAAAUCAUUCCGAUCCAGAGAAACCUCAAGCAAAUGAUGUUGGAAAAUCAUUGACUAAACAAAAGUCUUCUAUGCCGGGUGGAGAAAGAUACAGUAAAGAGUCAAACGGAUUGGUAGACAGGCCUCAAAAGAAACGAAAACUAGAUGGUUCUGUUACAGUACUAAAUGGAGACAUUAGUUCUGAUGGUAGAAGAGAUACAGAAGCUUCUAAGAGACCUAGAGAUAUUAGUUCUGAUGGUAAAAGAGAUACAGAUUCUGUUAAGAGACCUAGAGAUGUUAGUUCUGAUGGUAAAAGAGAUACAGAAGCUUUUAAGAGACCUAGAGACAGAGAGACAGGAGAUGAAGUCCCUCCCGAGAAGCCCAGUUUCGUUAAGAAGAAGCGAGAUCUUGGUGUGUCAGUUUCUGAAAGAAAAGAUGCCAAAACAGGAACUGAAAAAUGUUUGUCCAAGAAAUCCAGCUUUGAUGGAAAGCUGUUAAAACGCGCCGAGGACGAGACGUUGCCAGAUGAUUAUGAAAGAGGUUAUCAAGUAAUUGAAGUGAAACAAAAGCCGGAUGCUGUGAACAGCAAAUGGUUUCGACCUCUUUCUUGGGAAGAAAGUAUGAGAGAAGCAGAAAAGGAAGAGAGACUGGUUCUCCUUCAAAACUUGGAUCCUACUUACACAUCUGAUGAAGUGCAGGAUAUAGUCUAUUCUGCUUUGAAUGAGCAAUCUACAGCGAGGAUGAUAGAGCGUACAUCAGUUACUAUUUCUGAUACAGGUGAAGCUUUGGUCAUAUUCAAUUCAAGACAAGCUGCAGAAAGAGCUAUUAAAAGACUCGAUAAGGGAUGCUUGUUGCUAUCAAGUGGGAGGCCCCUUGUUGCUGCGUUUGCUAAGAUUAAUCCUCCAGGGAAGCCGUCAUCAUUUUGCGGCCACAUAAAACUACAAAGAACUCAAAUGCGACGAGAGACGAGAGAUUUCGUGUCUACGUCGCGUGGCUCUCAGCCAAACACUCUUGAGUAUGAAAUGGCAAUGGCAUGGUGCUUGCACCGAGCUAGAUCUGACCAUGCGUUUCAAACGUUUAUUGAGUUAGAGGUGAAAAAUUCGCUGCGGGUUAACUUCAAGCCUAAACAUCCUUAGCUUCAGAGUCAUCUGGUUUUUUCUUGUAUAGAAACAUGUACAUCUCUCUUAGGACAGUGACUUGAAGAAUUUUGCUAUCGUAGGAAGCAUGUCAUGCCAUCAAAGCCAAUGGGACAGAGAAGAAGCAUGGCUAUGGCGUUUUCGACUUUACUUGUCCACUCUUUUGUUUUUGGAUACUUAGUAGGGGAUAUCAAUUGGUUUUAUUACUUAAACCAAAAUGUAAACCGAAUUAAUGAAUCUGAUUUCCGGUUUAUAUACAAAGUAAUUGUCCC